UCCAAAAAAAAGAAAAUCAUGGUUAUUUCUAUAAAUCUGGAGGUAAAUGAGAAGAGCUGCCUUCCCUGAUCCGCUGCCCCGGCCCGAAGUUACGUGGAUUUUGUGAAGAGCGCUGGCGCCAUGGGAAAUUUAAGAAUGAAAUUAACAGCACUGCUGCUCCUCCCUCUGGUGCGUUUUGACCUCUUGGCCGUCACCGGUAACGUCCACAAGCGCUCGCUCAAACCCAAGUCCGUGUCGCGCUCCGUGGCCAGGAUGGACGGCGACAUCAUCAUCGGGGCCCUCUUCUCCGUCCACCACCAGCCGUCCGCCGAGAAGGUGGCCGAGAGGAAGUGCGGAGAAGUCCGAGAGCAGUACGGCAUCCAGAGGGUGGAGGCCAUGUUCCACACGCUGGACCGCAUCAACUCGGACCCGAACCUCCUGCCCAACAUCAGCCUGGGCUGCGAGAUCAGGGACUCCUGCUGGCACUCGUCCGUGGCUCUGGAGCAGAGCAUCGAGUUCAUCCGGGACUCCCUCAUCUCCACGAGGGAUGAGAAGGACGGCUCCAAGUGGUGCGUAGACGGCGCGCCCUCGAAUCACCCCCCCGCCUCCAAGAAGCCCAUCGCCGGGGUUAUCGGCCCGGGUUCCAGUUCCGUGGCCAUCCAGGUGCAGAACUUACUGCAGCUCUUCAACAUCCCCCAGGUGGCGUACUCGGCGACCAGCAUCGACCUGAGCGACAAAACACUGUACAAGUACUUCCUGCGAGUGGUGCCCUCGGACACCCUGCAGGCCAGGGCCAUGCUGGACAUCGUGAAGCGCUACAACUGGACGUACGUGUCCGCGGUGCACACCGAGGGGAACUAUGGCGAGAGCGGCAUGGAGGCCUUCAAGGAGCUCGCGGCCCAGGAGGGCCUCUGCAUCGCCCACUCGGACAAGAUCUACAGCAACGCCGGCGAGAAGCACUUUGACCGUUUGCUCCGCAAGCUCCGGGAACGGCUGCCCAAGGCCCGCGUCGUCGUCUGCUUCUGCGAGGGCAUGACCGUGCGCGGUCUCCUCAUGGCCAUGCGGCGGCUGGGCGUGUCCGGAGAGUUCCUCCUCGUCGGCAGCGACGGCUGGGCCGACCGCGACGAGGUGGUCGAGGGCUACGAGCAGGAGGCCCAGGGGGGCAUCACCAUGAAGCUGCAGUCGGCCGAGGUCACGUCCUUCAACGACUACUUCCUGAAGCUGCGGCUGCACAGCAACGCCAGGAACCCGUGGUUCGCCGAGUUCUGGCAGCACCGCUUCCAGUGCCGCAUCGCGGGGCACCCGACCGAGAACCGCAGCUUCCGCAAAGCGUGUACAGGUAACGAGACCCUGGAGGAGAACUAUGUCCAGGACAGUAAAAUGGGUUUCGUCAUCAAUGCCAUCUACGCCAUGGCUCACGGGAUCCACGACAUGCAGCGGGUGCUCUGCCCCGGGGGGCCGGGUCUGUGCGACGCCAUGCGGCCCAUGGACGGCAGCAAGCUUCUCGACUUCCUGCUCAAGACCUCCUUCACGGGCGUGUCCGGCGAGGAGGUCUACUUCGACGAGAACGGAGACUCGCCCGGCAGGUACGACAUCAUGAACCUGCAGUACGUGGGGGGUGCUCGCUACGACUACAUCAACGUGGGCUCGUGGCACAAGGGCGUCCUCACCAUCGACGACUACAGGAUCCAGAUGAACCGCAGCGAGGUGGUGCGCUCCGUCUGCAGCGAGCCCUGCUCCAGGGGGCAGAUCAAGGUGAUCAGGAAAGGCGAGGUGAGCUGCUGCUGGAUCUGCACCACCUGCAAGGACAACGAGUUCGUCCAAGAUGAGUUUACCUGCAAGGCCUGCGACCUGGGCUGGUGGCCAGAUGAGGAGCUGGCAGGCUGUCAGCCGAUCCCUCUGAAGUACCUCGAGUGGAGCAACGUUGAGUCCAUUGUGGCCGUAGUCUUCUCCUGCCUGGGCAUCCUGGUCACCAUGUUCGUGACCUUCAUCUUCGUCCUCUACCGGGACACUCCAGUGGUCAAGUCCUCGAGCCGCGAGCUCUGCUACAUCAUCCUGGCUGGAAUUUUCCUGGGCUACGUCUGCCCCUUCACCUUAAUUGCCAAGCCCACCGUGGUCUCCUGCUACCUGCAGCGCCUCCUAGUGGGCCUUUCCUCCGCCAUGUGCUAUUCGGCCCUGGUGACCAAGACCAACCGCAUCGCUCGCAUCCUGGCCGGCAGCAAGAAGAAGAUCUGCACGCGGAAGCCACGUUUCAUGAGCGCCUGGGCCCAGGUGGUCAUCGCAUCGCUCCUGGUCAGCGUCCAGCUCACCCUGGAGGUCACGCUCAUCAUCCUGGAGCCGCCGGAGCCCAUCAAGUCAUACCCCAGCAUCCGGGAAGCCUACCUCAUCUGUAACACCAGCAACAUGGGUGUGGUGGCGCCGCUGGGCUACAACGGCCUGCUCAUCAUGAGCUGCACCUACUAUGCGUUCAAGACGAGGAAUGUGCCGGCCAACUUCAACGAGGCCAAGUACAUCGCCUUCACCAUGUACACCACCUGCAUCAUCUGGCUGGCCUUUGUGCCCAUCUACUUCGGCAGCAACUACAAGAUCAUCACCACGUCCUUCUCCGUGAGCCUGAGUGCCACUGUGGCCCUGGGCUGCAUGUUCACGCCCAAGAUCUACAUCAUCAUCGCCAAGCCCGAGCGCAACGUGCGCAGCGCCUUCACCACCUCCGAUGUGGUGCGCAUGCACGUGGGUGACGGCAAGGUGGCCUGCAGCAGCAGCAGCCUGCUCAGCAUGUUCCGCAGGAAGAAGAACGGGCCGGGAAAGGCCAGCAGGUGCAAGACAGCCGGUCAAAGUGGAGCACCUGUGGCACAGAGUGUCAGUGCAUGUGAGGAGACAGGAAGUCAGCAGCGGUCAGACAGCGGUCAUCAGACCCCUAACUAAAACCGCCCCCGAAACUGAGCUCAGCGUCUCGGACCUCGGCACCAAAGCUUUGUACGAUGCGGCAGAGGUGGAGGAGGGCAA